GCCAAGGCAGCCGUAAACCCUGAAAGGCUAAAACAAGGUUAGUCCGGUCCCACUCAGGCAUGAGUCUUUGGAACAUUGUCAGCAAUUCUGCGAUGAUCAUUUGCCCAUGGGCUUAUUAUUUUCUGGCUCAGCCAACGAAGGAUGCCGUCUAGACGGAUCCCUUCCCAGGAAGGAUGGGCUGGUCCUACUUGUCUUGCCCCAUGUUUUAAAUUGUGUAGUACGAAGCUGAUGCACCCCCACCCGGUCGGUAGUGUUAAAGGAGGAACCCUCCAUGCAGGCUGUUCCCACCCCUGCAAUAGACUGAAACCCAUUUCUGUGACUUGGCAUCUCUAGUUCUUUGAGGAUGCCGGCUUUAUCUUCUUGCUUUUCGGCAUCACGAUAUCAAUGGCGAUAUCAACACAUGGUUUUUCUGACCAUAUUAUCCGCUGUCUGUUUGUGUGUACUGUAUACACUGCUGUAUAUUCGGCCGGAUGCCUCAGAAUGGAGGAAAGUGCAGAGAUUGGCGGGCGGACGAUCCUUUUUGGAAACGAUAAAAAAUGAAACACUUGGGUUUCAAAAGAUUCUUUGCAUUAACUUACCUAGCAGAACUGACAAGCGGGAUGCCAUUAUGCUUGCGUCCUCCCUCACGCAGUUCCGCGUUGACUGGGUAGAUGGCAUAUCUGGGGAUGCUAUGGACCCUAAAGCCUAUCCACCACGACUGGACGAUUCAGGAAGACCGAGUAUGCUGCCAGGUGAGAUUGGCAGUUGGCGAGCACACACAAAUGCAAUCCAGAAGGUUGUGUCAGAGCGACUCACUAGUGCUCUUAUCCUCGAGGAUGACGUCGACUGGGAUGUCACUCUGAAAAAUCAGCUACAAGAGUUUGCCUUGGGUUCCCGGGCUGUUCAGAAGGACGGAGAGUCGUCUGAGACUCCAUAUGGAGAGGAUUGGGAUCUCCUUUGGCUUGGCCACUGCGGCAUAAAAUGCCACAGCAAUGACCCGUUUUAUAUGCUACAUGACCAAACAGCUGUUCCAUACGCCCACUUGCCGCGGUAUUGGCAAGGUCCCGCUGUCCAUGAAACCGUGGAAGAUAGAAACGAUACCCGUAUCGUCUGUGGGAUCAAGGAAUCAGUCUGCUCUUAUGCAUAUGCAAUAAAAUAUCAUGCAGCUCAGAAACUUCUUGCGGCCCUGUCGGUGUCACCUUCAGACCAGGCCAUGCCACCUGGUGAACCCAUCAUAUUUGAUGUACUGCUCGGACGACUGUGUGGAACCGGGUAUCUAAAGUGCAUUUCAUCCUACCCAUCACUGAUGGGAGUCUGGAAGCCAGCAGGCUCGCGGUCUAAGCAUUCUGAUAUCCAGGAUCUCAAAGAUCCUGCGCCAACUGAGACCCCAUCAGAAGUGGCGGGCUCCCUUGGAGUCAUGUACAGCACAAUGUUAAAUCUACCAGCCUUACUGGAUGGUCGAUCUCUGGUACACUCGGCAGUUGCUGAUGUACUUAGCCCUGAGCUGAAGCUCUCAGAAGUUCAGCUGACAGAAGGAGGGUUGUAUAAAUCAGAUCACGGAAGAAUCUACAGUGUCACUGGAUAAUACACACGUUUUCGCCUUGUUUGAGUGCAUGGUGCCUUGUUUGUGAAGAUAAAGGCCAGGGAUUCUCGCUAUUUCUCUUUGAUAUACCGAUGCCUUAGACUGUAGCUCUCGUAGUUGCUAGUAUCCCAUCAUGGGGAUAUUCCUUCCUUCUAUCCUUUUAGUUCCUGUCCACGACAAGAGGAAAAUAUAC